UUACGGACAUGUUUCACUGAACGCUCCCAUAUGUCAUCAUUCAAUGCUAUCCAUUAGCUUGUUUCACAUUCUUCUUCCAAAAUAAUUAAGGACUUUGUUUAUUUUUUCUCACCGUAGCACAGUUAAUCUACUGUUUAAGUCUGGAGAGACGAAUCCUGUCGCAUUUACACUCUCUAUAGAGCAAUGCUGUUUUGCAAAUCGAUGCUUUGUUAGUUAGCUAAGUGCUAACUGCUACGGUGACAUCAAGAAACUUACAUGCGUCUGCCACCGCUGUCAUACAGAGACAGCAGAUCAUCUUGGAUCAAGAACAUUGACACAGCCUUUUCCUGCAGACAUCAUGGAGCUCCAGGCGGUGCUGAUGGCGGCUGGGGGUGGCUCACGUAUGACAGAUCUGACAUACAACACCCCCAAACCCAUGCUGCCUGUAGGCAACAAACCACUGAUGUGGUAUCCCCUGAACCUGCUUGAGAGAGUGGGCUUUGAAGAGGUUAUAGUGAUCACCACUAAAGAAGUCCAGAAGAUGAUGAGUACAGACUCUAGAAUGAAGCGGGACAUAAAGAUGAAGAUGGAGGUCGUUUGUGUCCCAGAAGACGGAGACAUGGGCACUGCCGAUGCUCUCAGACACAUUCAGCAGAAGAUCAAGACUGACAUCCUGGUGGUGAGCUGUGACCUUAUAACCGAUGUGGCUCUUCAUGAGGUGGUCGACCUUUUCAGAGCCCACAAUGCAACACUGGCUAUGCUCAUGAGCAAAGCCCAUGAGUUCACAGAGACUGUGCCGGGCCAGAAAGGGAAGAAAAGGACAGCUGAACAGAGGGACUUCGUCGGUGUGGAUCAGUCAGGGAAGAGACUGCUCUUCAUGGCCAAUGAAGCGGAUCUGGAAGACGGACUUUCAGUCAGGAAGUCUAUUAUWAGGAAACAUCCCAGGAUGCACAUCAAAACAGGCCUGGUGGACGCUCACCUCUACUGUCUGAAAAAAGCAGUUGUUGACUUUCUCACGGAAAACAAGUCCAUUUCAUCAAUCCGAGGAGAGUUGGUACCGUACUUGGUGCGCAAACAAUUUUCCAAAACCCCCAACAGCCAGAAGGUGAAAGAAGAUUUGGAGGAUCAGACCCAGAAAAAGAAUGACUGCUCUACAAACCACGAGCUGCUCAUCUCAUCGCGGGACGAGCCUCUGCUCCAGCUGGCCCAGGAGCGGUCCUGUUGGAAUGACCACCGCGGCGACAUGAGUGAGGCCUACCACGGAGGAAAGCUCCGCUGCUAUGUUCACAUUAUGGAGCAGGGUUUGUGCUACCGUGUUAACACUCUUGCUGCCUACAUAGAGGCAAACAGGCAGGCCCCAAAGCUUUUUGAGGAGCCACCAGUUCACCCUUCUGCUGUCAUUUCUGAGAGAUGUCAGGUGGGGUCAGACAGCAUCAUUGGGGAACGGUGCCAGAUAGCAGAAAAGACUUCCAUAAAAAGAUCAACUAUUGGAAUAUCCAGCAACGUGAAAGAGAAGGUCAAAGUCACCAACUCCAUUGUUAUGCAUUCGGUCACCAUAGAGGAAGGAUGCAAUAUCCAAGGCAGCGUAAUCUGCAGUAAUGCAAUCAUUGGCAGGGGAGCCGACCUCAAAUAUUGUUUGGUGGGAAACGGACAACGAAUUGAGCCAGAAGCUGAACGGACAAAUGAGGUGAUUGUCGGAACGGACCAACUGAUGGAGAUCUAGCUUCGUCGCAGAAAAGCCGAAACCUCACCUGUUGACCUGAGAGCAGCAAACCUGAGAGUAACUGACUCCAGCCGACUGUCCAAUCAGAAGCCUGGAAGCUGCUGGACAGUCUGGGAAUGUUUUUUUUUUUUUUACAAUAAGUCUGAAUAAAGACAAGUUGACUUGAGUGCAUGGA